AUGGUGUUAAGGCAUUGGGACCAUUUGCCGAUGAUAUUUGGAAUAUACUGUUUCAGAGUGGUGAAAAUAUCGAAGAAGGAACUAGAGGCGUUGUAGCGGAGUGCCUUGGCAAAUUGACUUUGGCGAAUCCAAAUAAAUUUUUGCCUGAAUUACAGAAACGACUUCGGUCUGAUUCUGCACAAACUCGUGGUACUGUUGUCACAGCUAUCAAGUUCACCUUUAUUAAUCAAGGCCAAGAAUAUGACGAGUUGUUACGACCUCUUAUUGUUGACUUUUUGUCCUCGAUUCAAGACAAUGAGUUGAAUGUUAGAAGACUUUCAUUAUCUACACUGAACUCUGCCGCUCAUAAUAAGCCUUAUUUGAUUCGUGAUGUUUUAGAUCAACUCUUGCCGUUACUUUAUGAAGAAACACUCAUUAAA